GAGAGAGAAUACAAUAAUCUGUGAACCCGUCUAACAUCAGUUCAGCAGCCGCCAUUGCUGUUAGCUCCCAGCUUAUUCAAGUCAUCAACAAUGGCAGCAUCUUUGCAACUCAGCGGCACGAAGCUCUUCAGGCCUCAGCUUGUCAAUUCCAAAUCUUUCUCUAAAAAUUCAUACAAAUCCCCAACGAUUCGCUGCUCCGUCACCUCACCCACAAGAACUUACUCAAUCACGUUGCUGCCAGGAGAUGGAAUCGGCCCUGAAGUUAUCUCCGUUGCUAAGAAGGCCCUCGUUCUCUCCGGUUCUCUUGAAGGGAUUGAGUUUAUGUUCGAGGAGAAAGCUAUGGGAGGUGCUGCUUUAGAUUUGACUGGAGUUCCUUUGCCUGAAGACACUCUUUUAACUGCAAAGCAGUCUGAUGCUGUUCUACUUGGAGCAAUUGGAGGGUAUAAAUGGGACAAAAAUGAAAAGCAUCUGAAGCCAGAGACUGGAUUGCUUCAACUUCGAGAAGGGCUUAAGGUUUUCGCAAACUUGAGGCCAGCUUCUGUUCUUCCACAGUUAGUUGAUGCUUCGACGUUAAAGAAGGAGGUUGCAGAAGGUGUUGAUCUCAUGGUUGUAAGGGAGCUUACUGGAGGAAUUUAUUUUGGAAAACCUAGGGGUUUUGGUUCUAACGAAAAUGGUGAAGAGAUUGGCUUCAACACUGAAGUUUAUGCCGCUUAUGAGAUUGAUCGGAUUGCUCGGGUUGCAUUUGAGACUGCUAGGAAGCGUCGAGGCAAAUUGUGUUCAGUUGAUAAAGCAAAUGUAUUGGAGGCAUCAAUGCUUUGGAGGAAACGGGUCAUCGCAAUAGCCUCAGAGUACCCGGAUGUUGAACUCUCCCACAUGUAUGUUGAUAACGCUGCAAUGCAGCUUGUUCGUAACCCUAAACAGUUUGACACAAUUGUGACAAACAACAUAUUUGGUGAUAUCUUAUCCGAUGAAGCUUCAAUGAUAACUGGAAGCAUUGGGAUGCUUCCAUCUGCUAGUCUGGGUGAAAAGGGGCCUGGACUCUUUGAACCGAUACAUGGGUCUGCUCCAGAUAUCGCAGGACAGAAUAAAGCAAAUCCAUUAGCAACUAUACUUAGCGCAGCCAUGCUUUUGAAGUAUGGCCUUGGAGAAGAGAAAGCCGCCCAAAGAUUAGAAAAUGCAGUUUUGGCCGCAUUGGAUAAUGGGUUCCGAACUGGUGACAUAUACUCAGAAGGGACUAAACUUGUGGGAUGCAAGGAGAUGGGUGAUGAAGUAUUGAAAUCCAUACAUGCUAAAACUCCGGCAGCAGUAUAAUUAUGAUGAAGUUGUUUUUUUCAAUAAAUCAUAAUUUUGUUCUAAGUAAUUUCAUAAUGUCCUGAUGACCUAUAACUAUUUUUCUCAGUUUAGAAAUUGAACUCUAUCAUGUGUUGUAAGGAAUAGUCACUCAUGAGUUCUUUUUUGGCUACUUGCA